GGCGGCCGGGGCGCAUCGCAGACAAUGAAACUGAGGCAGAGAGAGGUUAAGGAACUUGCUCAAGGUCACAUAGCUGGAAAUGACUUAGAGGCCUUACAAAUACAUCUGUACAUUAUUGCUUUAGACUUUACAAUUGAGGGCCAACCCAGUCUGGAAGCACCUCUUAUUGUUACAAGGAAACCACUACCUCAGAAAACAAAAGGAAAGGAGAAGACUUGCAAUAACAAAUGCCAUUUGAAAAAAAAUUGUUUUCAGAAAACAUUAGAGGAAAUUUGGAAAUUUUUAGCAUUGCAAAGAGGAAGCUUUACAGGUAAAUGGAUUUGACAAGCAGGCUCUGUCCAAACUCUGCAGAGGUUUACUCUUCCUUCCUGAGGACUUAGCACACAGUAAUUCUGUACUGCUUUUUAAAUUGCUGUUGAUCAGCUUGUGGGUUUUGGGGUUCUAACUUUUUUUGGUAUGUUGAAGAUACAUUGUAUUACAUUAUAAUACAUUUUUUAAAGUUAAGUUAUUUUUCUUCCAUUGUAAAUACAAGUAUCAAAAUAUUCUUGCAGCAAAAUUAUAAGUAAACAUUUUUCUCAGCAAACAUAUCUUUUUAUUGAGAGUGGAAUGCUAAACAGUUCUUAUAUAGCAUUUGGACACACUUGUAUUUUUUGUCAGAGGUCCUGCCUACAUUGAAAAUAUUAAUUAUAUAACUUGUCCUUCUCACAUCUACAUUGGAUUGCGUGGUCACCUGCCUCAUGGAAAUGCCUUUUUUAAAACUUAGAUUUGCAGAACUCCACUAUUUUUAUACCUAGCUAUCACUUUGGAAGAAGAAGAAUAAGAACCCUGACCUAUUCAGGGUCCCUGGGAUAGUUCUCGCUCCGUAUGUAUUGCUGCAGUGCCCAGGACAGUAAAAUGGACUACAAGCGGCGCUUCUUGCUUGGCGGGUCCAAGCAGAAGGUGCAGCAGCACCAGCAGUACCCGAUGCCUGAGUUGGGUCGAGCACUGAGUGCUCCCCUGGCAUCUACAGCCGCCACUGUCCCCUUGGGCAGUCUGACUGCUGCAGGCAGCUGCCACCAUGCCAUGCCCCACUCCACUCCCAUCGCCGACAUCCAGCAGGGCAUCUCUAAGUACUUGGAUGCCCUCAACGUCUUCUGCCGUGCCAGUACUUUCCUCACAGAUCUUUUCAGUACUGUGUUCAGGAACUCUCACUACUCCAAGGCGGCCAUGCAGCUCAAAGAUGUGCAGGAGCACGUCAUGGAAGCAGCCAGUCGGCUGACCUCAGCCAUAAAGCCUGAGAUCGCCAAAAUGCUGAUGGAACUGAGUGCUGGGGCUGCAAACUUUACCGAUCAGAAGGAAUUCAGUCUCCAGGACAUCGAGGUGUUGGGGCGAUGUUUCUUGACAGUGGUGCAGGUCCAUUUCCAGUUCUUGACUCAUGCAUUACAGAAGGUCCAGCCGGUGGCUCACUCUUGCUUUACUGAGGUGGUUGUGCCAGAAAAAAAGAACAGCAGCAGUGGCGGCAGUUUAUCUGGCACAGGACACACACCUGAACUGGAGGAAGCUGUACGAUCCUGGCGGGGGGCCGCUGAGGCAACAUCUAGACUAAGAGAAAGAGGCUGCGAUGGUCGCCUGGCAGGAAUUGAAGUUCAGCAGCUCUUUUGUUCUCAAAGUGCAGUAAUUCCUGAGCACCAACUAAAAGAACUGAACAUAAAAAUUGACAGUGCUUUGCAAGCAUAUAAGAUAGCUUUGGAAAGCUUAGGCCACUGUGAAUAUGCAAUGAAAGCUGGUUUCCACCUGAAUCCAAAGGCAAUUGAAGCAAGUUUGCAGGGCUGCUGCAGCGAGGCGGAAGCCCAGCAGACGGGGCGAAGGCACACACCCCCGCAGCCCAUGCAGUGUGAGCUUCCCACCGUCCCUGUGCAGAUAGGAUCGCACUUCCUGAAGGGCGUCUCCUUUAAUGAGUCGGCCGCCGACAAUCUGAAACUUAAGACGCAUACGAUGUUACAACUGAUCAAGGAAGCAGGCUGCUACAAUGGAAUCACAUCCAGGGAUGACUUUCCUGUGACUGAAGUGCUAAACCAGGUCUGCCCAUCCACAUGGCGGGGUGCCUGCAAGACAGCUGUGCAGCUGCUGUUUGGCCAAGCUGGACUGGUGGUAGUUGACACGGCACAGAUUGAAAAUAAAGAAGCCUAUGCCCCCCAGAUCAGUUUAGAAGGCUCCAGAGUCGUGGUUCAAGUCCCAUCCACAUGGUGCCUGAAAGAAGACCCUGCUACCAUGUCCCUGCUACAGAGAAGCCUUGAUCCUGAGAAGACCCUGGGUCUGGUGGACGUGCUCUACACUGCUAUGCUGGACCUAAACCGCUGGAGAGCAGGAAGGGAACAAGCUUUACCCUGCAUACAGAUCCAGCUUCAAAGGGAGAUCUGUGAUUUUGGGAAUCAGACUGACCUGCCUUCUGGAAAUGGAAACAAAUAUUCAGGUGGCCUGCAGAAGACAUUUUCCAAAUUGACCUCUCGGUUCACCAAGAAAGCUUCAUGUACCAGCUCUAACAGCAGCAAUAAUUACACCAUCCAAAAUACCCCUUCCAAAAACAUCUUCAUAGCUGGGUGUCAGAAGAGAAGGCCAAAAUGCCCAGUAAAUAUUGAUACAAGGUUACAAAACAUUUUGAACAUUGGCAAUUUCCCUAGGACUACAGACUCUUCGCAGUCAGCUCAGAAUUCCAGUCAUCCUAUGGCCAAUGGUUUUCUUGUGGAGAGACAUGAGAACUUCCUGCCUGGGGACGAGGGCAAGGAUGAGAAGGGUAUGAACUUGCCAAGUGAUCAGGAAAUGCAAGAGGUAAUAGAUUUUCUCUCAGGCUUUAACAUGGGCCAGUCACAUCAGGGCUCUCCAUUGGUGACAAGGCGUAAUUCUGCUGCCACAGCCAUGGUGACUGAGCAGAAAGCAGGAGCCAUGCAACCACAGCAGCCAUCACUGUCUGUGCCCCCUCCAUCACGGCCACCCCAGGCUGGGGCACACACACCACUGACACCCCAGCCAGGACUGGCACCUCAGCAGCAGUCCCCAAAGCAACCGCAGCCCCAGGUCCAGUACUACCAACACCUGCUCCAACCCAUUGGAUCGCAGCAGCCUCUGCCUCAGCCUCGGGCACCUGGAAAAUGGGUACAUGGCUCAUCCCAGCAGCCAGCACAGACUGUAGGAACAGGUCUGUCUCCUCUUGCUCAGUGGCCUGGCAUAUCUGAUCUCAGUUCCGACUUGUAUAGCUUGGGUCUGGUGAGCAGCUAUAUGGAUAAUGUGAUGUCAGAGGUUUUGGGACAGAAGCCACAGGGACCUAGAAAUAAUACCUGGCCAAACCGUGACCGUGACGGAGUCUUUGGAAUGUUGGGAGAGAUUCUGCCUUUUGAUCCCGCAGUGGGCUCAGACCCAGAGUUUGCACGCUAUGUGGCAGGAGUGAGCCAGGCCAUGCAGCAGAAGCGACAGACCCAGCAUGGUCGUCGUCCGGGCAACCCCCGGAGCAACUGGCCACCCAUGGAUGAUGCCCAUCGGACCUGGCCUUUCCCAGAGUUCUUCACAGAAGGGGAUGGCCUGCACAGCGGCUGGUCAGGUGCUCAGGGAGACUCAGCCAGCUCGAGUGAUGAGACAUCUUCAGCCAAUGGGGACAGCUUGUUCUCCAUGUUUUCAGGGCCUGACCUCGUUGCUGCUGUCAAACAGAGAAGGAAACACAGCAGCGGAGAGCAGGAGACCAGCACGCUACCCUCGCCGCCUCUCCUUGCAGCAGCUGAGGACAUGAACCAGGAUAACAAAACCAAAACAUGGCCUCCCAAAGCACCCUGGCAACACCCCUCCCCGCUGCCUGGCACACUGCCCAGCCCAAGCGCACCACUCUAUGCAGUCGCCAGCCCCAGCAGCCAGUGGAACGACACCAUGCAGAUGCUGCAGUCCCCAGUGUGGGCUGUGACCAGCGACUGUAGCACUGCCUCCUUCACCUAUGUACAGAGCCCACCACAGCCCCCAGCACCUCCUGCACACAAGGCGGUGCCCAAGGGCUUCAAAGCUUUCCCUGGGAAGGCUGAGCGCAGGCCAGCUUACCUGCCCCAGUACUGAUGCAGGACCAGCCUGCUAUGUGCCGAGACCUAUUGGGGUGAGUGUCCUCGCCCCAGGGCCAGCUAGCUGAUACCAGCCCCCCCAAAGGACCAGUAUACCUCUGUCUUGGGGAGAGUUCCUUGGGGACAGGGGAGGUUGGCAGCUCCAGGCCUUUAAAGCCUGACUUCUCAAACUUUGGAGGCAUCAGAUCCCCAGAGAGCCAGCUGUAAACAGAGUUUCUAACCCUCAGGGGGAUGCUGGAGAAUCUGUAUGCUUAGUAUGCACUUCAGGUGAUCUGAUGCAGGCGGCUGCCAGCCAUACUUGGAGAAACACAGCUCUUGGGUUAUUAGUCCUGCUGUGUGUUGGGAAGGUAUCAGGCCUGAAGGCUUAGAGCAAAACUGACCAUUUUUCUUUAACCUUAUUCUUUUCUUACUUAACACUUUGAGUGAUGACCACACCAAUCACUGUAUUUUAUAGCUAUUUUUUCAUUUAGGUUUUUAGUUAAAACAUCUGCUGCCUAACAUGCAGUGAAUAUUUUAAGAUAACAGAUAUACUGGCUGGGGGGGUGUUCAGCACUGUCGUUAUGUAAGCUUGUAUAAAAUGAGCAACAUAUAGACUAUUAGUGAUUAGGAGGAGUCACCUGGGUUUCCUGUGGGCAGACAGCCCCUUGCCACCCCAGUAGCACCCAGGCAGUGCAGUAUUUACCAGAUUUACAACAGCAAGAUUGUCAAAUUGAUGUCCAAGGUGUACUGCCGAAGGUGCAUGGAAUUGAGCCAGCUGGCUGCUGUCCAUGUGCAGAGGAAAGCUGCGCUUUGCCCCAGAGCGUGGGGGCGUGGUCAAGGGCUGCACAGACACACAUGCACUUGAAAUUACAGUAACAUUUUGGAGGUGGUUUAGAAGACAAACCAAUUAAGAUGUAGAUAGAAAUUAAUUUAAAGUCUUUUCUUUAAAAAAAAAUCCACCUCAGGCGGCGCCUGUGGCUCAGUGGGUAGGGUGCCAGCCCAUAUACCGAGGGUGGCAGGUUCGAACCCAGCCACGGCCAGACUGCAACAAAAGUAGCCGGGCAUUGUGGUCCCAGCUACUCAGGAGGCUGAGGCAAGAGAAUCGCCUAAGCCCAGGAGUUGGAGGACAGGAGUUGUUGCUGUGACGCCACAGCAAUCUAUGGAGAGCGAUAAAGUGGGACUCUGUCUCUAAAAAAAAAAAAAAAAAAUCCACCUCAUUUUCAGUUAACACGUGCCAUUAAAUAGGUAGCAUCCUGUGGAUUUAGGGGUAUUUUCCAGCCAGAAUGGAUCCAGAAGAAUUGAAUGGUGCUUAAAUUGAGAAAUAAUAAUAAAUAUAUAUCUAUAUAGAAUAGACAUAUCCCACUGUAUAUUAAUUGAGGUUACAGAAAGUUCUUUAUAUAAAAUUUAUUUAAAUUUUUCAUAUUUCAUCUUUGAAAAAAGUCUAAUUGAGAAAAAUCCAUAAUAUUUUGUGGUAUGAAAGUUUGACAGUAUUAAUAUUUUUUUUUAUAUUUUCUUAAAUCAUUAAACCAUUUUAAUAUAUGUUAACUACUAAUAAAUGGUUUAUUCUUUCUAGCUCCAUAUAAGCUUUUCCAGCAGAUUGUAAUAACACAUUUAUGUUCUCAUUUUUCUACGGAUAUAAGUAAAUUUAUAUUUAAAAAUACCAAAAAGGAUAAAUAAAUAUAUAUAUAUAUAUGUAUGUACACACUCGCACACACAACACUACUUACAGCGCUGGACCCUUAGGAUGUCUGAGCCCAGCCCCCUGAGUUCUUAGUACUGUGUAGUCAGGCUGUCUCCAGGCCUGGGUGUUGUCCUUUCUGCUGUGUGGGAUGCCAUUGUUGCCUGUAUUUAUGAUCUUUCACCGUGGGUUCUGAGCAUUCAUUCACCUCACCCUGUUUACAGAGAACUGUUUUGUACAUAGACUUCUUCAGGCACGUGCUUCGCACCAACCCUGUGUGGCCCUUGUCCGUGUUAGCUGUCACAGUAUACACACUGGUCGCUGUUAAAGUUGUCUGUGGCUGUUUCACUUGUAAUAUAGUUUUCUAUUUCCUUCAGUAAUAUGUCCACAAUACCCUGUAUUUCACAUUCUGUUAUACUAAAGUACUCUUGUUUUAAUAGUGCCUCCCCAAAGACCUCACCUUGGACAGAGGUCAGUCUUUGAUGCUCCAGCGCAAUUGACAUUGCUAAUUGUCACUUUCCAGUUUGUUCUUCUCUAUUAAGGAAGACAUUUUAUAAUUGCAUCUCCAUGGGAGGUGAGACUGUGUGAAGCUGUUUGUGUGGUCUCUAUGUAGGUGCUGUGUCCCCAGCACCACCUUGCUCUGAACACUGGUAAUUCCAGGUGCUGCGCUCGGCAGAGGGGUCUCGCCCAAGCGCAUGUGUGUGCGUGUGUGAGUGUGUGUGUCCUUUGCAUGGCCAGGUGUGGCUGCCUUGCUCGGGCAUCAGCAGGACAUGGUGUGAAUAGUUCAUUGCUUCCAAACUGGAACUCUACAUUUUGUAUCUUACUUUUAAAGCUCCUAUAAGUAAAAUAACUAUUGGCUUUAUUAAAAAUAUACAUUUAAUAAUA